GCCGGCCCCCGUCUCGGCUCGGGAGGAGGCCAAGCCUCGCCUCAAGCCCUCGGCAGCUCGCGCACCGCGCCUUUCAGAGCCAGCCGCUAGCGCUCCACCACUCCCGCCCCUGCCCCGGGGCGUCCGCGGCGCGCCCCGCCUCACUGAGGGCAGACGCCCGGCCGCACCGGCGUCCUCAGCCCCUCCCCCGCAGCUCAGCGCGGCCGCCGGAACCGCCCGCCUCGCCCGGCCUCGCCGGGGCGAACCCCCAGCUCCGCCAUGCGAGUUGAGGGCAAGAAGCAAGGGCGCACGCCCAGCUUGCUCGCGGUUCCUCUCAGCCCCGGAUGUGACCGCUUGAGGGCGGGGCUUCGCUGUCCAAGCUUGCUGGGAUUGGGCGUCGCUGGUGAGGUCAUCACGAGGCGCCGAGAAGGCGACUGGGAACCGCAGAGUGCCCUGGGCUAUGAUGGCAGUCAAGUGGACUGGUGGACAUUCUUCUCCCAUCCUCUGCCUGAAUGCAAGUAAAGACGGACUAGUGGCUUCUGGAGCAGUGGGUGGAGAUCUUACAGUGUGGGGUGAGGAUGGGACUGCAUUAGGACACAUGAGGUUCCCAGACGCUGAUGACGUGACCAGUGUUGUAUUUUCCCACUCCUGCCCCACCAAGCUCUACACUGCACAUGGAGAAACCAUUAGCAUCCUGGAUGCCAGGGCCCUCAAAGCUUCCCUGGACCAUUUUCAUGUGAAUGAAGAAGAAAUCAAUUGCCUUUCACUGAAUGAAACUGAAAACUUCCUGGCUUCUGCUGAUGACUCUGGGGCAAUCAAAAUUCUAGACUUGGAAAAUAAGAAAGUUAGCAGGUCCCUGAAGAGACAUUCCAAUAUCUGUUCCUCUGUCGCUUUUCGACCUCAGAGGCCUCAGAGCCUGGUGUCAUGUGGCCUGGAUAUGCAGGUGAUACUGUGGAAUCUGCAGAAGGCCCGGCCUCUCUGGAUCACACAUCUGCAGGAGGAUGAGACAGAAGAAAUGGAAGGCCCUCAGUCCCCCGGCCAGCUCUUAAACCCUGCCCUCGCCCACUCUGUCUCUGUGGCUUCAUGUGGCAACGUUUUCAGUUGUGGCGCAGAGGACGGUAAGGUGCGAGUCUUCAGGGUGACAGGAGUGAAGUGUGAACAAGCACUGGGAUUUAAGGGCCACGCUCUGGGGGUGUCCCAGGUGUGCUUUCUGCCGGAAUCGUAUUUGCUGCUCACUGGAGGGAAUGACGCGAAGAUAAUGCUGUGGGAUGCGAGCUGUGGAGUUGAGAAAAACCAGAAGAGUCCUGCUAAACAGAGCCACAGGAAGAAAACGAAGAGGGCAGCUAGCGCCAAGCAGGGUGGGGGCAGGAACACCGCAGCAGCGGACGGGGAGGAACACGGCAAGAUGGCGCCCAAGGUGAGCAUCGAGCACGGAGACAAGGUGAACUGGCUCGUGGGCGCAAGACUAAAGGGGCAGCAGAACAUACUGGUAGCUGACCAGACUAGCUGUAUAUCUGUAUAUCCCUUAAGUGAAUUUGACACCCAAUAAAAACAUUUGAAGAAACGUGGUGAAACUUA